UUUUUUUAUUUGAUUUUCUCUUUCCAUUCUUGCCAAAACCCUAAUUUCACCUUCUCCCGUUAAGAAAUUUCUCCCCCAACUUAAACCACCCCCUAGAAAAAAAAAAAAAUAUUAGAUCUUUCUUCUUUGCUUAUAAUUAUGGAUGUUUUAGGUCGAAUUUUCUGAAAUUAAGAUUGAUUCCUCUCAUGGAAGCUCUGUUUUCUUCUCUCUAGUAGUGAUCUGUUUCCGUGCUCCUUCCCAAAAAAAAAAAAAAAUUCUCCUGCAAAAGUCAUCUUUCGUAUUCGCUCUUAUCUCUGAAUCUUAACUGUAGGGAGUUUGUAGAAGAAACAAGUUCGAAUCUUUCGUGAUCACAAAGAUUCGGAGGGGAUCUUAGGAUUUUUUAUUUUUGUUCUGGGCUCUACUCAUUUGUCGGAAUCUCUCCCUACAAGAAUCACUGAUCUAUGUCCGGAUGGAGGAGAGAGAAGGAACCAACAACGCCAGCAGUUUCGGCUUGAAGCAACAACAUGAAGCUGCUUCUGAUGGUUACCCGAUGGACCCACCACGACCCGAUAACCCUAGCCCGUUUUCGGGCCCACCCAUCACUUCUUCCGCCGCCACAGCCGCCGUUGCUGUUGAGAAUGCGGCUCCUCCGUUCAGCCUGACAAUGCAGCCGGAGACCGCUUCCUCCGAGCCGAAAAAGAAGAGAGGCAGGCCGAGAAAGUAUAACCUCGACGGGACUCUCGCCGUGACUCUCUCGCCGAUGCCAAUCUCCUCCUCCGUUCCGUUGUCGUCGGAGUUUCCUCCUCGGAAGCGAGGAAGAGGACGUGGUAACAAGUCCAGUCGAUGGCGCGAUAAGUCCCAGAUGUUCCAAUUCGACAGAAGUCCUGUUGAUACCAAUUUCGCAGGUGUAGGAACUGUUGCAGAUGUUGUCGGUGCCAACUUUACACCUCAUGUGCUCACAGUAAACGCCGGAGAGGAUGUGACGAUGAAGAUAAUGACCUUCUCUCAACAAGGAUCUCGUGCUAUCUGCAUUCUUUCAGCUAAUGGUCCCAUCUCUAAUGUCACACUUCGUCAAUCUAUGACAUCUGGCGGCACUCUAACUUACGAGGGUCGUUUUGAGAUUCUCUCUUUGACGGGUUCGUUUAUGCAAAAUGACUCUGGAGGGACUCGAAGUAGAGCUGGUGGUAUGAGUGUUUGCCUUGCAGGACCAGACGGUCGUGUCUUUGGUGGAGGGCUCGCUGGUCUCUUUCUUGCUGCUGGUCCUGUCCAGGUUAUGGUAGGGACAUUUAUAGCGGGUCAGGAGCAGUCGCAGCUGCAGCUAGCAAAAGAAAGACGGCAAAGAUUCGGGUCUCAACCAUCUUCCAUCUCCUUUAACAUCUCGGCGGAAGAACGGAAGGCGAGAUUCGAGAGGCUCAACAAUUCUGUUGUUCUUCCUGCACCAACUGUCUCGUACCAGCAUGAAAACGCACCUAGUGCGGUUCACAGUUACUACACAAACUCGGUUAACCAUGCCAAGGAUCCUUUCUCUUCCAUCCAGGGAGGAGGAGGAGUGGGAGUGGGAGAGGUACGAGGAGAAGAGGGUGAGGAGGAUGAAGAGGAUGACGAUGAGUUAGAAGGCGAGGAUGGAGACUUUGGAGGCGAUAGCCAAUCUGACAACGAGAUCCCGAGCUGAUGAUCCUCCUGCUGUUUAUUUUCUCGGAUUUGUUAGGGUGAUGUGGGUUUUCAGAUUUUGGUUGAUUGUUUAACACAGGAUGUUUUAGAAGCUCCUUAUGUUUAGGUUCUUUCCUUGUGUGAUUGUUGUAGUAUCCAUGUUAGAAACAAACUUACGAUUUGCCAAACUCCUGCUUCAAGAAACUUCUCACUUUGCUUUUGCUAAUUUGAAAUUUGAAAUUAGAUAUACAUUUAAAUUUGGUUCUA